AUGGCUGAUAUGGAAAUAGUUCUUCCAGAAAAGAAAAACCCUGGAUUAACACCAAUGGAUUGGGUCAAGUUUCUUGGAUCAGCUAUAGUUGGGCUGGUUGCUGUAGUUAGUUCACUUGAAAUGCCUUCAGCUGAUUGGUGGGUCAUCAUUGCUGUUCUAUCCACUGUAAUUGGUUAUAUUGCCAAGACAUACUUCACUGCUGCUGUUGGUGCGAAAAACUGUCAAUGUAGUUCCGAUUUAAGGUUGCUUAUUAUCGUCAAAGAGGUAAUAGUUUCAUUCUUUAUUCUGAUGGAACAGGGCAAAGCUACACGACAGGAUCUUGAUCAAUGGUGUGAGGAACUAAUCAAAGAAGAGUUUGGUGAGGAUUGUAAUUUUGAUGUGGAUGAUGCCGUUGAGAAAUUAGAGAAAUUGGGAAUUGUUAAUCGGGAUUCUGUUGGUCGGUAUCAAUGCGUUGGGCUAAAACGGGCUAACGAAAUCAUUGGCACCACUACUGAAGAGCUUGUCCUCAAAGCAAGACAGGGAAACAUGGCUCCUUGA